UACAGUUACUAUCAUCACUAUGGUUACCACCGUUAAUAUGGUUACUAUUGUUACUAUAGUUACCAUCAUUAAUAUGGUUACCGUGGUUACUAUCGUCAGUUCUACUGUUUGUACUUUGUUACUUUUCCAUGUUUCAUCUUGUUUUUGUUCAUUUUGUUUUGGUGGUUUAUGUCUUUUCUUCUGUUGUCAGUUCUGUCAGUUCCUCUUUUCUUGAUCACUCAUGUACCUAGAACCUCCUUUAAUCUGGAUCACUCAUGUACCUAGAACCUCCUUUAAUCUGGAUCACUCUUUUAUCUAGAACCUCCUUUACUCUGGAUCACUCUUAUCUAGAACCUCCUUUAAUCUGAAUCACUCUUAUCUAGAACCUCCUUUAAUCUGAAUCACUCUUAUCUAGAACCUCCUUUAAUCUGGAUCACUCGUACCUAGAACCUCCUUUAAUCUGGAUCACUCAUGUACCUAGAACCUCCUUUAAUCUGGAUCACUCUUUUAUCUAGAGCCUCCUUUAAUCUGGAUCACUCAUGUACCUAGAACCUCCUUUAAUCUGGAUCACUUGUACCUAGAACCUCCUUUAAUCUGGAUCACUCAUGUACCUAGAACCUCCUUUAAUCUGGAUCACUCAUGUACCUAGAACCUCCUUUAAUCUGGAUCACUCUUAUCUAGAACCACCUUUAAUCUGGAUCACUCAUGUACCUAGAACCUCCUUUAAUCUGGAUCACUCAUGUACCUAGAACCUCCUUUAAUCUGGAUCACUUGUACCUAGAACCUCCUUUAAUCUGGAUCACUCAUGUACCUAGAACCUCCUUUAAUCAUUCAAACAGGACCAGGUUUUCCUCCAGGGUAGAACUCUGGUUCUAGAACCACAGCUGUUUAAUUUAACGUUAACACCUGCAGAUUUUCAGGAUCGUCUGAACUGAGCAGCUGUUUCCUCAGGUUCCAGGUGAACUCCAUGACCUCCAUGACCCCCAUGACCUCCAGGACCUCCAGGAGCAGCUCUCCCAGAUGUCUGUGAGUUCCUCCUGUUUCAGAUCCAUGUUUUUUCACCUAAUGAACAAAACAAACGCACCUCAGUGGUGUUUGUGUUUCAGCCCUCAGCCGGUCCAGACCACCAGGACCAGGACCGGCAGAGACCCUCUUCCUCCUCCUCUUCCUCCUCCUCUUCUCAGUCCAGUCAGAGUUCAGAGGAAACUCUGCAGCUGAAACAGACCCAGAACCUGGACGACAUGGUAAGAACCACAACCAGCACCUAGAACAGGGGUCCAACAUACGGACCCUGGACCAGAACCGGUCCGGUGGGUCCGAUGGGACCCCGGUCUGGUGGGUCCGGUGGGUCCAAACAAAGAAGAAGAACAUCGUUUGUGUUUGACCAUCGUUUGUUUUUAUCAUAAUUUUUCUUUUCUUUUAUUAUUUUCCUUUAAAUCCGCUUGAACUAAUGUUUACGUCCAUGAGUCGGUUCAGGAACCACGACCAGGAUGAAGACGAUGAUGAUGUUUAUGAUGAUGAAGUCCAUGUAGAUGCAAAUAUUUCCAUCGUACUUCUACGUUCUGUCGUUCCUGUUGCCAUGGUGAUGAUGGUCUGUUGUGGUUCUUUCCUUCAGGCUGUGGAGCAGAUGGACUCAGAGGAGAUCCUGGACCAGGUCCGGUUCAGGUCCAACAGGACCCAGGCGUCUCCGUGGUCAGAUGGACUGGUUCUGCUGGGACGCCCACAGACCCACACAGACUCCCAUGAAGACACCGGAGACGACAGCGACCAGGACCAGCACCGGACCCUGCUCUUGAGCCUUCACCACCUCUUCAGUCGAUCUCGUCACCAGGCUGUGGGUGGAGCCUCUGCACAGGAGGGCGGGGUUCUGACACACGGCGGGGCCAUGUCAGCAGCAGCAGUGGGAGGGGCGGAGCCUGACUUUGACCAGGGCUCAGAGGAGGGGCUGACCUCUGACCUGCAGCAUUACAGCCAUCACCAUGGUUACGACACAGAGGAGGCGGGGCUGGUGCUUGGGCUGUGACAGAGGCCACACCCCUUGUCCUAGUGACAGCUGUCAGUCAUCGUCAGCCUCUGAACAGAACGUUUCAGAUCAUUAGUGUGAAGAGUCACUGAUAUUUAACGACUUUAAACAAACUUUUAAAUGUGAGUUUUUUCUUUCAAAAGGAAUAAAUAUAAAAUGAAUUUGAAGUUUAUAAAGUUAUUAAACCUUUGUAACGUGUGACAUUAAAACAUGUAAUGUAUAAAACAUGUAUCAUUCAGUUAUUUUUCCAAUAUUCACUUAAAUGUUUAACUUUAAAAAUCCAAAUGUGAUUUCAACAAUAAACUGAAUUCUGUUGAACUGAUGCGUGUAAACAUGGGUUUAGUUUGAUUCAACGUAGCACGAUUUAGCAAUGUUUAAAGUUUGCAACGUUAGCAAGAUUUAGCAGUGUUAAGGGUUAGCAGCGUUAGCCAGACUCCUGUGUGUUGGACUGCAGAUGUAAAUUAGCCCAAGGCUAGCUCUGGUACAAUUAUGUUUAAAAGUUUGAAGGACCUGUCUAUUUCCUGUGAAGUCUGAGGGUCGGUCUAUCUCACACAGAAAACGAGCCAACG